GGUAUUAUAAACUUUAUCGGCCUAGUUUAGGCUAUGUCGCGCAACUUGAUCAUGAUCAUGGACUGAAAGCUCAAGUCAAAGCUCGAAGACUGAUGUUCAAAUUCAAGCUCUAGCUUCUUUGAGAGUACAGUAAACUUAGCAUAAGUUCAUCUGCUGUGAGCCAAGACGAACUAGCUGCUUCCCAAGAUGGCUAAGUAUGAUGUGGAUCGCUUUGAGAAUCCUCCAGAUGAGGAUCUCAUCUGCUGCAUCUGUCAGUGUGUCCUGGAUAAUCCCUUGGAGAGUCCCUGCCGUCAUGUCUUCUGCAAGGUCUGCAUCGAGACAUGGCUCACGAACCGCAACAAUUGCCCAAACUGUCGCAAGCGACUCCGCAUCGCCAAGCUGAAACCAGUACUCCCGAUCGUCAGGAAUAUGAUCAAUCGGCUCUUGAUCGUUUGUGAAAACAGGGAACACGGCUGCGCUAAUGGAAUCAAGCUUGAAAUGUAUGAUAAACAUGCCCAGAAUUGUGACUUUGCUCCGAUCAAGUGCUUGAAUACAGGAUGUGGACAGACUGUCUUGCGGCAGAACAUGCUGGCCCAUGAACAGACUUGCAAAUAUCGUCUCAUCAUGUGUAAGAAGGGGUGUGGGUUACCUAUCUCCAUGGAGAAACUGAAGAAGCACAACUGCUUAGAUGAGCUGAAGACAAGUAUGACAGCCAUGGAAGACCAGUACAAGCAACGUCUUCUUGACCUAGAAACCAAGUUGAACACCAAAAUCCAAGUUCUUGAGGACCGUAUCAAAGCCAUGGAAGAGAACUGUCGGCAGGACUAUGGCUCAGGCUGGGGAUCAGCAAGAGAUUCCUAUAAUUCAUCUAUGGCUGGUUUUGAUGAGAGUGAUUCACCCAGCAGGGACAUGGUGGAGUACACAGACAUUCAAGACUAUGAAGAAAAUAAUGAUGAUGAUAGUAACUCUUACUAUUACUCAGGCAAUGAAGACAACGACUUUGAGAGCACUCCAGAGUACCAGGAGGCAGAGACUUAUGAUGUGUACUCCCCUGAUGAACCUCUUGCGGAAGAAGAAGAGCCGGAGGAGCAUGAGGAGGAGGAGGAGGAGGAGGAGGAAGAGGAGGAAGAAGUGGAAGAAGAAGUGGAAGAAGAAAUUGAAGAUUUGGAAGAAGAAGUUGGAGAAGAGGAUGAAGAUUCGGACACUGCAUUUUUUCUGAAUUCUGAUGAAGAGAGCGCUAAUGAUUCAGAGGGUGAUCUCAAUGAUUCUUUGCUUGACAGCAGCGAUGCGGAAUCUAUUGCAGAUGACCAUGAACCUGUUCAAGUCUAUGAAGUUAGUCCAACAAGUCCACACUCAGAACACAACACGCACCAGGAGGAUUCCUCUGCGAUAGAAAAUCUAAGCUUUGAGGAAAUGCGUGAUGCAGCAUCAGCUAAUUCUCCCCAUAGCAGCACUCACAGAGAGCGUGGUAGGAGAGAAGGGCAUAGGCAACCACAGAAUGGUGAAGGAAGACAACCAACUGGUUUUCAUGAAGGACGUUGCGCUGCUCAUGAUGAAGCAUCAACUGAAGGUUUUUUUCCGCGUGAUAAUGCUUAUGAUAAUGAACACUCGUCUCUGUGUAGCCUUCGUGUUGAGCAUGGAAGCACUGGAAGAGCUUCUCCUCGCGAGCAAGAACAGGGGUCUGUAUCAGAACCUGAGGAAGAAUCUGAAGUGGCACUUGCACCCCUAGUUCUUGCACCUAUUAUAAUUCAAGUAGAUGGUUCUCAAAGUGGGGAUGGGAGGAGACAGUCGGAUGAGGCAAGCGGAAGAAGACGAAGGAGCACCAGAGGGCAUCGCAGAAGCUCAAGAAACAAAAGAAGUCAUCACUCUAGUCAGAGAGACAGGCCAGAGUCCAGCAGUGGGCAAUCUUUGCAAGCAUCUAGUAGCAAUGAGCCUGGCGCUUCUCUUACAGAAGGUCAACAAGACAGAACAACACCUUCAAUUGGAGGACGUGAAUAUUUGUAUGGGGUACCCAUCGAUGAAUCAGACUCGAGUGUAGAUCCGUCAUGGGAGAGAAACGCAGAAGAUAACUCAUCAGAUGUGAGCAUCACAGAUGAUUCAUUGCUCAUGUACGAUUCUUUUGAAGAUGGUGAUUAUGUAAGCAGCAGCCCUGAAGUCUAUGAGAAGUUUCUUUCCUCUCUGCACAAUGUGGAUUCCAGUGAAAGUGAUAAGACAUGGAUUCCUGGAGACCAAGACUCACCUGACCAUGACGCUGAUGUUGCCCCUGCUGGUCAACAUGGUCAAGAUGCUGACCACCCAACCUCGGAGACUGUUGAGAGAAGUGGCUCUCAAGAGGACUCUAGCCAAGCUCAAUCGUCUCGUAGUAGUUCUAGAACUAGAUCAUCUAGGAGGACAAGGUCCAGACCAGGUAAUAGGUCAGCCUCUGACAGGGAUCCAGCAAGUCGAUCAUCAGACAACAGUGAGAAUGUUCAUAUGACGAGAAAGAGGCGAGUGGUGGAGGAGAGCAGUUCAGAGAGUGAGAAUGGGGAGGACAGCAAACAACAUCCAGCAUGGAAGAGGAGAAGAUAAUCUCAAAAUGAGAUGAUUAGUUUGGCCUUAUCAGUAACGUCUAUUCUUCUGAUCGAUUCCAAUAAUUUUAGGUAGCUUUGCGCUUGACGUCGUAAUAUGUUGAUUCUGCAGAUGAAUUUACUCUCCCCUUCCAAGACUACCAAAAUUUAUUCUUAAAAUACCCUACAUUUUAAAGCUAUCCAAGGCCCUUUUGAGCAUCUUUGUUAUAGUAGAUUAUUGGCUCAUUUGAUAAUGAUAAAUAAUCAUUAUCAUUUAGAGUCGUGACACAACUACUUCCCAAUAUCUGUUAAGAGCCCUUUUCUUGGCCUCGGCCAGGUCCCUACCACUACCAGUGCAUGUGUCAGCCAGCAUGUCACAGCUCAGUAGGUCUAUGGUCCGAUGGCCUUGCCGACGCUCACAGUCAAAAUAUCCCCACUUUUGCAUGUUUGCCUUGUAUCUCCCCAUACCUGUAUCCAGCCUGUGUACUGGUUCUUACCUAGUUGUUUCUGUAGUCUUCAGUUGACCUUACUUGUACCAAGCACUGAAUACAUUUUGUUCUGCUGAAACUUAUUGAAUAUAGUCUUUUCCAUUCAACAGGGCUAGUCAAUAUUUUCACUACUCUGGUCAUUGUAUAAUUUAUGAUCUUGUAAUGCUUACAUCAUUCUGAGCUGAACUGUAACAGGGCAACAACGUAAAGAGCGCCCUCAUGUGGUGGAGGGCUUGUCAUUCUAAGUUUAAACAAACAAACAUAAUUGCUACAUUAUAAUUUGGGUUCAUACAGUCUACCCUGUAAGAGCCGCAAUGAAGCAACAUAGGGCCUAAACCAAUGGAUAGUACAGGGUUGGAGUCAACUGAUUACUGAUAUUAAAACUUUUUAUACGGUCUUGACUUUGAACACAUUAAAAUGCAUAAUCAGAUGUCACCGUGGGGCUAUGUUGUCGCAAAAAAGCUAUGUCUGACCUAGCAACAUCUGAUUGCAGCACUUCCCAAGUUUCCAGUCUGGUUAGUCAUGCAAAUGUCAACAGGACAAGAAUAUUGAUUUUUACUUUUCACAGAGAACAGUGUUCAUUAUUCCUCCUUGGGAUGUACACGUAUACAUGUACAGGUAUUUUGAAAUACAAUUUAUCCUUUGCUAUGAAAACAUGUUGACAAUUUUUAUUUGUUCAUAUGUGUUUAUUUAAAAUAAAAUCGAUAUUUCAGCUUACAGGUAUAGAAAACAUUAUUGUUACAUCAUUGUAAUAUGCUAGGUAGAUUUGUUGUAUGAUUAAUAUUGAUCCAUAUGUUGAAGGGGAAUUAACACUUCAUAGAAAGGUGGCCCUGGUAGAAACCCCCCAAAAUUACCUGUAGAGAAAAAAAAUGAAAAGUGAACGUUUGUGAAAAUUGGGCAAGGUAAAUAAAAUUAUGAAUUUUAGUUGAAUAUGAGACCAUGUGUGUGAUGUAGGGAGUCUCCCAUGAUAUGAUGAUUGAUGUCAGAACUCUCUCGGGCGAUGUGUAUGUUCCUACGUCACAAUCUACCGACCAAAUUGCCAAUUUGAGAUUUGCAUAGACUUACUGAUCUCAUAUUUCAAACAUUCAUGAUUUUGUUAUUAUAAGUCUGAUGUAUUUCAAUCUUUCGUCAUUCUGUUUUAAUAUCUUAUUUUUUUUGCUUUCAUACAAAUUUUUUACAAGGGUUGGAUUGCCCUUUAAGCCUAGAUAAAGAAAAGGUUUUAAUGAUGGAUUGGGAAGUAAUCUUUUGCCAUGUAAACCAUGUGGCCUAUCCAUGAGGGAAUUACAGUCCAUGGAAUAUGUUAUAGGUAUGUUAAUGCUUGGUACAACAGUAUAAGAAUAUCUAAUAUAUAUAUCUAAGAGUUCGUCCAUGCAGUGUCAAUAAUUAAGAAGUCUUACAUACUGUUCAAUUUGUUUUGUUUAUGAUGAAAUAUCCAUCCACAUUGGUGAAGGUAUCGCUAUAACCAACAAGGAGAAACUAUCUAAUGAUAUGUUUCCUCACAAAUAUAAGUUUUAAAAAUGUUUAUUUCCCGAAAUGCACUCGGGAGUCAGGAAGCAAAAAUA